GCUUUGGCGCCUUAUUCUGAAAUACCAGGAAAGAGCUUGUUGGAGCACUUAAAAUGUAAGGGCAUCCAUAAUGGGGACCAAGCCCUAAAUAGUGCACUAUCACAAAAUAGAACAACGGAUGCCUUGAUUCCCUGUUGUACCUAUCCAUAUCUGGCAGGUGGUGACAUACACAUAAGUUUGUUGCAGUCCCAGUUCAGCCGGCUCAGCUUCUCAUUUGGGCUUGUUGGGGCUGGUGCCAGUGCCAUCAACCAGCCAGUCAUCUUCCUGGUCGAUCGAACACAUUGCUUGCACAUGUUCUGCCCCUCUCGUCGAUCGAACAACUCGGUACAACUGACCAGAUAUCUCCUGCGAUCUUAGAGUAUUGAGAUUUGUCUCAGCUUCCUGCCAAAUCUAUUCUUCGUCGGUUGGGCGUCGACACUUGGACGCCAGUUGUCUCAGUCAGCUGAGCAAUGGAGGAAGCUAGCGCCAGCAAGCACGGCGCCGUGCCGCCGCUUCUCGCCGAGGUCGAGGUCUCCAACCUGCCCGGCUUUGAUGUCACACCGAGCCCAAGCCCGCGCCCUCAGCCCAACCCCAAGAGGCCUUCACGCCCCGGGGUCCCGCCGCUGGACCGCUUGCCGCGGCGCAGCGAGGUGGUCCUCCCGCCGCUCGACUCGCCGUUCCAGCCUCCGGGCUUCCGCUCGGUGCAGCCCCACUCCAUCAGCCUGCCGGCGUCGCCGAGUGCCUUCGGCGUCCCCAUCCCCGUGGCGGGCGCCGGCGCCGGCGACUCGCAGGACCUCCAGAGGCAGGCCACGUCGAACGUGGCGCGCGAGCCGCAUCGCUCGCCCGCGCAGGACAAGGGGGGUAACGGCGUCGGGUUCGAGCAGCCGGACAAGGUGAAGUUCCGAUCGCAGCCGAUCCCCGGCGGACAGCCCGCGCGCGCCGGGAACAGGGUGGGCCGCGGCGGUGGCAGGGCGAUGAACCGGGACAAGAGCUACGACUCGUUCAAGACGUUCUCCGGGAAGCUCGAGCGGCAGCUCACCCAUCUGGCCGGCGCGUCAGAAGCCCCCGAAGAGGAAGACAGCGACGACGCCAUCAGAGCUCACCGCACAACGUCCAUGCCCAAGGUUGAUCGCUUCUUCGCCGCGUUGGAAGGCCCCGAGCUGGACAAACUCAAGUCCUCGGAGAACCUUGUGCUGCCGUCGGACAAGACGUGGCCGUUCCUGCUCCGGUUCCCGGUGUCGGCAUUCGGUAUCUGCCUUGGCGUGAGCAGCCAGGCAAUCCUGUGGAACACCAUCGCGACUUCGGCGCAGACGACGUUCCUGCACGUGAGCACCAAGGUGAACCUGGUGCUCUGGUGCGUCUCCGUGGCGCUCAUGUGCGCCAUCACGGCCGUCUACGCGCUCAAGGUUGUCUUCUACUUAGAGGCCGUGCGGCGCGAGUACUACCACCCCAUCAGGGUCAACUUCUUCUUCGCGCCGUGGAUCGCCUGCCUCUUCCUGGCUAUCGGCGUGCCGCCGUCCGUUGCAACAGAGCUGCCGAGCUGGCUCUGGUACGCGCUCAUGGCCCCCGUGCUCAUCCUGGAGCUCAAGAUCUACGGGCAGUGGAUGUCCGGCGGGCAACGGCGGCUGUCCAAGGUGGCCAACCCGUCGAACCACCUGUCCGUGGUGGGUAACUUCGUCGGCGCGCUGCUGGGCGCGUCCAUGGGGCUCAAGGAGGGUCCCGUCUUCUUCUUCUCCGUCGGGCUGGCGCACUACAGCGUGCUGUUCGUGACGCUGUACCAGAGGCUCCCCACCAACGAGACACUGCCCAAAGAGCUCCACCCGGUGUUCUUCCUCUUCGUGGCGGCGCCCAGCGUGGCGUCCAUGGCGUGGGCCAAGAUCACCGGCGAGUUCGGGUACGGGUCGCGGGUGGCCUACUUCAUCGCCAUGUUCCUGUACGCGUCGCUGGCCGUGCGGAUCAACUUCUUCAGGGGGUUCCGGUUCUCGCUGGCGUGGUGGGCGUACACGUUCCCGAUGACCGGCGCCGCCAUCGCGUCCAUCCGGUACUCCACGGAGGUGGGCAACUCGUUCACCAAGGCGCUCUGCGUGGCGCUGUCCGUGAUCGCCGUGCUCACCGUGGCCGCGCUCUUCGGCACCACGCUGGUGCACGCCUUCGUGCUCCGGAAUCUCUUCCCGAACGACAUCUCUAUCGCCAUCACGGAGCGCAAGAUGACGCCCAUCCUGGAGCUGCACGAGAGCGGCUGCGGCGACGACGACCACAGCAGUAGGAGCAGCAACGACGUCGAGGCACAACAGAAGUAGUAGACGCCUGAACUACUGAAGCAUGAACACCGAAGUCGCCGAGCUCACGCUGCGUGGAGGAUGAUGCGACCGGGUUCUUGCUUGCCAGUUGGCGUGAAGAGUGUGCGUGGGCUGUGAUACAAGGAUUGCUUUGCUUGCAUGGUUUGGUGGGGUAAAGAGAAGUGGUGCUUUUGAUCGAUUGCAGCAAUUAGAACUCAGUAAACUACAUGUAAAAAGUGGAUUGCGUCCUAUGAUAUUAUCAUUAUCACGGAAGAU